CUUUUUUCUGUUGCUCUCUGGUCUGAUUGUGUAGCCCCGUACGGAGCAAUAAUACAAAUGAACUAUUGCUAUCCUGUCAAAAUGAGCUGGAUGACCUAGGGAAUCGGGAGAAGGAUGGAACACAGAACAGCGCCGGAUCUGCUUCGUUUUAAACGUCGAGAUCUUCCGUCUUCCCAGUCGUUCAUCUCGAUGCAGACGAUGGUGAAAGGCCCUGUAACCACAGAGACGAUAUCUGAUUUAGGCUGCAGUUGCAGUGCCGGUUUCAAUGGUGGCGGCAGAUGCGGCUUUGGCGAAGAAGACUUGAAUGCGGCGGUCCGGCAAGGAUGGGAUGCCGUCGAGAGUCUUCUCUGUCGAGGUGCGGCGCCCCGCGACGAAGAUCUCCGAGCAGAGGAGGAAGAGUUCCUCGAGAGUCACCGGCGGUGAGCAUCGGAUUUAGGCUGCAGGACGCGUAGAUCUGCUGCACAGAUCUGCUGCGGGGGUUGCUGGUCGCUGGUUCACCGUCCGAAGCUUGCCGUUGCUGCGCUCGCCGGAGUGAAGGAGUCGCUGGAACUUCAACGACCGCCACUCUCGUUCGCGAUUUAGUCCGGCU